CAUACUGGUCAACAACCGUUAUAGCGUUGAAGCUUCCUUUGCGAUACAAGAACACUCUCGACCUUGCAGCAGCUCUGAUGGCCAUCUUCGACUCUAUUCCACGGGUGGCAACCUACUCGCCGCUCAUUUCCUUAUGCAUCUCAGUCAUCCUCGUCUCCAUGGCUAUCAUGGCCAUCAUCGUCAUCUCUACAAUCGCCCACAGGCUUCUGACCCGCCGGAUUCCCCAUGAUGCACCUCCUGAGGUUCGUGACAACUACCCAGUGAUUGGUCCAUGGGGAUUUUGGAAGCGAAGGUGGGACUGGUACAAGGAACGCAUAUCUCAGUCAGAGACAGGCAACUUUUCCUUCCAUGCAGGGCCUAGCAUGGUCGUCGGAUUGUCGGGCGACACGGCACGAAAGGUGUUUUUUGAAUCGAGACAGCUACACGUGGGACAGGGCUACGCCGCAAUCGAUGGCGCACCAACCAAUGUAGACAAGAUACACGACGGCCAGGACACGGACGAAGGCAUAGAAAAGUGGUUCAUUGUUCGCCUCAAACAACUACUGAAAAGCCAGUAUCUCCAAGACAGACUACCUGACCUUGUGGUCAAUGUCAGCGAGUCCAUUGACACUAUUCAAAAGGACCCCACUGGCAUCAUCAACCCCUUUGACAACAGUAUAUCUCACGUUAUCUAUAAAUUGGCUAUUGACAUGUUUGGCCCAAAUGAGUUCGUUAGCGAUCCAGAAAAGCUUAAACAGACGCAGAGCAUGUUUGUGAGCAUAGACACCAUCUCGAGUCCCACGUCCAUGAUAUUUCCCAAGCUUCCCUCGUUUCAUGACUUGAAGAAAUUCCUCAUAGGGGCACGCCUAUUCUUCAUGCUCCAGAGUACCAUCAAGAAGCGUGCUACAAGCGGCAAGAAGCACAACGACGCAAUGCAGAUUCUGCUUGACCAAGGCCAGCGGAUCUUCAGAAUCACCAUCUUCGUCUUCGGCGCAGUUCUUUCAGGACUAGCCAACUCAACCAUGAAUUCUGCAAGUAUCAUUUCCUACUUGGCAGCUGCCCCAGAGUGGCAGGACAAGGUACGGCAAGAAGUACGCGAAGUAGCGGCCAAGUACACCCGGGACACCAAUGCUCCACUACGCCAACAGCUCGCCGACAUUCCAAUGAAGGCGUGGGAACCAGAGUUUCCUCUCUUUAGUGCGUGCUUGCGUGACUCGAUUCGCUUGCACAUUGUUCCUUUCUAUUUCCGGAAGAACAUGAGUGGCAGCGACAUCCCGCUGGGUAACGACAAGGAAGUCAUCCCUGAAGGCGCCAUUGUCGCAUAUCCUUCUUACGACAUCCACCUCGACCCCAACGUCUACGCCAACCCACACGAAUGGGAUUCAACAAGAUACAUGCCAGGCCGUUCCGAGGACACAAAGAAGCCGCACGGCUACGUGGGCUGGGGAUCUGGUCUACAUCCAUGCAUCGGCAUGCCUGCCGCCACUCUCCAAAUAACCCUGAUCGCAGCAUACUUUGUCGCCUCGUUCGAUUUUCAGCUUGUUGACAAGAACGGAAACCGUUUGUCAAAGGUGUCCGGUAGCGACGUGAAUCAAACAAAAGUCACUAAACCCAAGAACCCGCCGUAUGUAAAGGUUAUAUCGAGGGAGAAGUAG